UGGACACAAACUAGACGACGCUCCGCAAAUUUUAUUCCGUUUUACGUGUUAAAAGUGAUUGUUGUGAAAUUUGCCCAAGAUGGUCCGACAUUAUAAGAGGAUUAAAGAAAAAAGUUAUUCAGAACGGCAAAUAGAAGAAGCAGUUGACGCUGUUAAAAAAAAUAAUAUGACGCUUAGCCAAGCGGCACAAUUAUUCGGAAUACCGAGAACUACAAUUUCUUUUAGAUUAAACCAUUGUGUGAUGAAAAGAGCUGGACACCCAACAGUUUUUACUCCAGACUUUGAAAAAAAAAUGGCGCAUUGCUUGCACAUAAUGGAAAAACACGGCUUCCCAAUAACAAGAAAGGAAGCAUCUGUAUUGAUAUCAGAAUAUGUGCGCCAAAAUGGCUUGGUCACACCUUUUAAGAACCAAAUUCCAGGAAAAGAUUGGUUUCACUCCUUUCAGAAGAGGAAUGAACUUUCUAUAAAAAAACCACAAAAUGUAGAAAUUGCAAGAAAAAACGCUUGCGACCCUUUCAUUAUUUAUGGUUUUUUAGAUUUAUUGGAGAGGGUACUACAAGAAUUAGAGUUAAAGGAAAAACCCAAACAAAUCUACAAUUUGGACGAAACAUCCAUUUGCAAUGACCCAACUAAGGGUAAGAUUAUAGGAAAAAAAGGUUUUAAGGCCACUAGAACAACCAGCGGACCUGGACGCAAUAACACAACCGUUCUUUUAUCUACAAAUGCUUGUGGAGACAAAAUUCCUCCAUUGAUUAUAUUCCAGGGAAAGUAUCUCUGGAAUCAAUGGAUUUACUCAGAUGAACAAGUUAAAACCGCUUACGCGGCAAGCGAAAAGGGCUGGAUGGAGACUCCUAUAUUUGAAAAGUAUAUAAGAGAUGUUUUUGUCCCCGCGAUAGGUACAGAGAGACCAGUCCUCUUAAUAUUUGAUGGACACAAAACACAUGUAAGUUUGGGUGUGAUAGAAUACGCGGCUUCUCAAGAUAUAACAAUAAUUAAACUUCCACCACAUACCUCUCACGUAUUGCAGCCGCUGGAUUUAAGCACCAUGAAACCCUUAAAGGAUAGAUGGGAAGCUGAAUUAAUAACAUGGCAGAGGCGUCAUAUUGGGUCACGGUUACCUAAAAAUGAAUUUGCACGAAUUCUCACUAAUAUAUGGAGUGAGAUGAACCCCGUCAUUUUGGCUAAUGGGUUCAGAAAAAGUGGAGUUUAUCCAUUUGACCGCGACGCUAUUCCUAAAGAAUUAUUCGAUCCAGUAAAAUAUAAAAAAUGGGAGAACCGCGACGUUUUGAGCCCUGCGCCUUGCGAAGCUGAGCUUACACUACCAGGACCAAGUUCAAUAUCUUUGGAACGCAAAAUAAUAAUUAAUGACGAUUCAGAAAAAGGCUCUGUGCUAUUGCCUUGCGACGCUGAACUGACAAAACCAGGACCGAGUUCGAGAUCACAAAACCAGGAACAUGAUGAACAUCUAUUGCAGUCGCUCGGCAACACUGGGCUAUCAGAGCCAGUACCAAGUUUAAUGAGUUUGACAAUAAAAAUAAUUAAUGAAGGCCCAAAUCAAAUAGAAAAACACGAACAACAUGCCCUUGACCACAACACUCCAGAAAAACCAGACGCAGGUAAGAGAAAUAAAGAAAAACCUAUUAAAGUUUCAUGCAUUAUAGCAACGGCGACCGAAAAACAAAAAGAAAAUACUGAAGAAUUUGAAAAUAAAGAAAUUAAUACAGAAGAACCAAUAAACAAACUACAAGAACUAAAACAGAACCGGAGAAAAAUUAAAACAUAUCCAAGUAAAAGAAACGGCAAAAAUAUUAAAAUGUCAACAACAACCGAAAUACAAAAAAAUAAAACUGAAGACAAAGAAAAUCAAGAGAUUAAUAGGGGAGAACCAAUAUACGAGCAAGAACUGAACAAAAGUGAAAGCCGAAGAGAAAAAAAAACAUACCCAGAAAAAAAAACUAUACCAAAAACAGAAGAUCCUAAUAAUGUGCAACCAGAAAAUAAAAUUCAAAGAAUAAAAUGUACCGAUGAAAAAAGCAAAACAGAAGAACUAACGAAGAACAAUAAGGCAGAACUAACAAAAAAUCCAAUAAUUUUAGAAAUACCAAAACGAUUCAAAAACACUAACCUCCCAUCUACAUUACAAAUUUUAGACGCUAAAACUAUUCCAUCUCAGAAAAAAAGUCAUGAAUAUAUUUCAUUUGAAGAACUUUUAUUGCAAACUAUAUCUAAGAGUGAUUCCCCCGUGCCUCGAAAAAAGCGAAUCACAAAUAGCAAUGCAGAAGUUUUAACAUAUAAAGAUGUGAUAGAACGUAUGAAAAAAGAAGAAAAUGAAAAACAACACAAUAGCUCAAAGAGGAUAAGAUCUAAAGGUGAUAAAAAAACAGAAAAAAAUAAGCAAAAGAAAAAACAAAAAAAAUCGGUUACCAAAAUAAGGUCUAAAGUUGAUAAAAAAAAGCAUUCAGAUACCGACAGCAACAGCACAUGUUCAUUUGAGUGUGUUGAUGAGUCUGAUGAUGAUGCAGAGAGUUUUUAUAAAAACAUUCUUGAUCAGCUAUCUGAUGAGGAAAAUGUUAAUGAACCAUCUACAGCUAAUGUUGAUGCUGACUUUACUGGAGCUAGUCAUGAAGGUUCCAAUGUAAAAACGGGACAAUUUCUCUUAGCCAAAUUUUAUACCAAAAAAGGAAAAAAAACAUAUAAAUAUGUUUGUCGUGUAGAAGAAGUCUAUGAAGAUAAAAUUGUUGUGCUUGGAUUCAAGUCGAAGAAUAAGCAAAAUAACGUUUUUAACGAGGUCAAAAAUGAUAUAUCUAUCAUAGAAUACAAGGACAUUCAAGAAUAUCUUCCAUCUCCGCAAGUGAGGGGAGAAGAUUUUAUAUUUCCCUGUAAAAUUGAAAUUUUCGAAUUGUAAAAGGUAGUGGGGAUAGAAAUUGA